AUGCCCCUAAAGGAAGAUCCCUCAUGUUUAGGAAACUCUAAAGAUAUAGCCCUCAAACGUCUCAGAUCGCUGUGGAAUCGCUUAGCUAAAGAUGAGAUUUAUUUGAAUUUAUAUCGUGAUUUCUUAGAAGAGUAUGAAAAACUGGGACACAUGAGAGAGGUUACUAGGGAAAUUGAACCAGAAGUAACAUAUUAUGCUACACAUCAUGGAAUUUAUCGUCCAGAAAAGUCCACGACAAAACUUCGUGUUGUAUUUAAUUGUUCUUCAGAAACUGAUAAGGGAAUAUCUCUUAAUGAUUUUCAGUAUAAUGGAGGAGUGAUUCAGGAGGACUUAUAUACUCAAAUGCUAAGGUUCCGCACAUAUACAUAUGCCUUUACAGCUGAUCUCAAAAUGAUGUAUCGAACUAUUUUAAUCCAAAUCAGUGUAAUCUUCAGAGAAUCGUUUGGUGUGAAAAUGAAGAUGAACCGCCAAAAAUAUACGAACAAAAAUAUACGUAAGGUGCGCUUACCGUUACUUACGGCACGGUAA